AUGCAACUGUUGGUGCUGUUUGCAUUCUGCUGCCUGGCUGCCGCCUUGGAAGCAACACAAAAACCGGAGGCAACUUUUCUGCCACGCUACACGCUGCUGUCCGAGAGCAAGAAGGAUGAACAGCAACUGGAUCGUCAGCAAUCCAACAACGAACAGCAACCUUGGCGGCGUCUUUCGUACUCCAACUACGGCAACAAUUGGCCAGCAACUGCUCCAGCUGCCCUCCUCGGUCCCGGACUCCUGCUGCUGGGCGUUAAUCUGGGAGCGCUGCUUUAUAUGCUGCUGGGCUUGCUGGGAUUGGCGCCUACACAACGCUUGGGCGCUUGGCAAGCAGCCGAGUUUUAUCGCAAUGAUAGACGUGAACAGUUGGGAGCUGGCAAGGAAGCGGAUAUGUAUUUGUUAAACUAA